AUGUCUGUCGCUGCCUUGAAUGGAAGCUUGGAUUUUUCUUUGAAACAUUCACUCGAUGACUUGCUGAAGAAUCCGGUCCGGUUUCGCAAGUCGACCAAGUCCGUCACGGCUACUCCGGAUGGCAAAUAUACUCCUUUAAAUCGCCGUAAGGGCGAUUCAAAGCAAUCUGCUUCUUCCAAGGAUACGAAUGCUCACGGUGCUGCCGCUGGCAACACCGGCAGUGAGAAACGCCAUCGUUCCUCUGCAUCCUCCAACCAAACAUCCGGCACUCGAGGCGAGGGUUCGGUUGAAUUGGAUGAGGAGGAUGAGCAGGGUUUUCCUGGUCCCGCCCGUGUCCUGUUCCCCAAGGAGAACAUAUCUAUUGACUGGCAAAACAUCUUGCCCAAUGCUCCCGGCUUGGUCAAUUUGGGUAAUACGUGUUUCAUGAACUCUGUGUUGCAGCUGAUGAUGCAUACGGCCCCCCUCGUCGAGUACCUGUUGACCGGCCAACAUACUGCUGCUUGUCGCAUGAAUGCGUGCGUCUUGUGCAAGAUGGAACAACACAUGAUGAAGGCCUAUCCCAGCAAGGGGAAGAAGCGUGCUUCGGCUUUCAAACCCACUGGUAUCCAAAGCAUGUUAAAGGUCAUUGCUAGUCAUUUCCGGCCAUAUCGCCAGGAAGAUGCUCAUGAGUUCAUGCGUUAUCUCAUUGAUUCAUGGCAGAAGUCUUGUUUGCAAAGUUUCAAGAAUCUCGACCAUCCCAGUCGUGAAACAUCGCUUAUUCACCGCAUCUUUGGCGGGUACUUGAGACAACAAAUUACAUGUUCCUCGUGCCACAAGCCCAGCAGUACAUACCAAUCUUUGCUCGACCUGUCACUCGAGGCGAACGUGUCCAACAUCCUCGAGUCACUGUCCCAUACCGUUGCGAGGAAUUGCAAAACACUUGGUGGAAUGCUUCAAAAGCAAAUGACUGUGUAUCGUGCUCCCAACUAUCUUACACUUCACCUGAAACGAUUCACCUUCAACUCCUUUCAUUCACACAAAAUCACUAAGCAUGUUGCUUAUCCUGAACUGCUCGAUUUGGGCCCUUUCAUGUCGGACGCCAAUCGUGCGUGUGUUUAUGAACUGUGCGGCGUUCUUGUCCACGCCGGGGGAAGCACUCGUAGUGGUCAUUACUAUUCGUUUUGCAAGAGCAGUAGCGGAACCUGGCUGAAGUUUGACGAUGAUUUUGUUUCAAACACAAGCAUUGACCGUGUCUUGAGUCAACAGGCUUACAUUCUGCUGUAUCGUCGUAAACCCGGUGCAAAGGCUCCUGUCCAGAAGCGCAAGGGUAAGCGUAACAGCGAUGGCGGCUCUGGAGGCAAGCAUCGUAAGAAGGUGCGCACCUAG